GCGGCGGUUUUUCUUCAGUUUGGUAACGGCUCAUGAAUUCCGGCCCAUUAGGUCCACCGUCGCCGGGAAACUUGCAGGGGUUUCCUUCCUUUACAAUCCAUCCCUUCUCCGGCUCCGCCCCCGCCUCCGCCGCUCUCCUCUUCGCCUCACCCUCAACCGCCGCCGCUCCAUCUUCGGUGCCCUGGAUUUGUCGAAAAUAGUUGCAGCUGGUAGUAGAGAACAAGAAGGCGACGAGCAAGGAUCGGGGAUGCCGAAGCGGCAGCGUGGCGAGCGUGAUGGCGGCAGCACCGCAGAGCGUCGGCGGCACCUUUACCUUGUCGUUGAUGACUGGGAGUGUGGAUACAGCAUCCGCAAGGUAAGGCUUCCGCUGCCGUGCACAUCAGAUGAACACGCCGAGCAGCGCUUGCCGAAGCCUUUCUGGCGCUACCAGGCUGACCGUCAGUUUCCCCAGUUCUUCACGUCCGCCUUUGGCACCAAGAUCAUGGGGCUGCAUCACAAUAAUUCAGGCAUCGUCCAGUUGGUGGACGUCCGCGCACGGACCGUCGUCUUAGGCCCUCGGACGAACUGUCCGGCUUUUCCCAUCUACUUCUCCGUGGGCAGCGAUAAGCUAUUCGCUAUAGACGCGGCAUGCUUUGAGCUCUGCCGCUUGCCGCAGUGGUCAUGGCGCCAGCUCCCAGAGCCGCCAUUCCCUACAACGGAUGUCUCCUCCUACGCCAUGCACUCUGAUGGACAGAGCAUCCUCGUCAGCGUCAAGGGUGAAGAAACUGAAACUGUGGCCACCACAUUCAUCUUCGACAUGGGGAAGUUUGUGUGGGAAUGUCUCGGUGAGUGGAUGCUGCCCUUCACUGGCCGUGGCCACUUUGACCGCAAGCUGAAAGCCUUGGUUGGGUUCUCGAAGGACCCAGAGGCUUUUGGGUGCCUCUACGCCUGCAACGUGCCCAACACUGGUGACAGACAUUGCCCUGCCUGGAAGUGCAGCAAGGAGAAGGUGUUCAGCAAGCACCCAGCUGAUAGGCAUGUAAGCGCUAGCCUCGUCUACAUGGAAAACUGGCGCAAAUACUGCCUUGUUGAGUGCGUGUGGGUUGAGAAAGAGAACGCUUGUCAGGUGAAGGUCAAGGAAGACAAAGCUGAUCAGGUGCUGCUCGAGAAGUCAGAAGGUGUAGGAGGUGUGCCCCAACGCGGACGCCACAUGUAUCGUUUGAUGACCUUCUCCCUCAAGUAUGACAAGAUGCAUGACUUGAGGGUUAAGUGUCGUCAGGUUCGAUACUAUGAGGUGCCUAAUACAGUAUCAGCUGAGUCCAUCCGUAUGGAUCCUGUGGCAUUUUGGCUGUAAGAUGCUAAAACCAUGUCAUGAGUUCCUAUGUUUUCAGUGAGGUUCAUGUUGCUCUUCUGUGUUUUAUUUUAAUAUAUUGUAAUCCCAAACUGGUAUUAUGAGGAACCCUUGCUAUGUUUUCA